GUUUCUGCCGCUCACAGUUUCAUCUGCUAUGACUUCUUAUUAACACCCUGUCUGACGGAGUAUAAUCAACUCAUCAACAUGACUGCACACAACCUUGGCUUGCUCAAGGCUUUCCCUGGUGAACUCCGAGCAGAGAUUUGGAGAAAUCUUCGACCGACCACCGGUUCAUCUGGAUCUAAUAAUACGUCAACAGGGGGAAAUGCUCUUGGAGUGCUGCGAGCUGGUCGCCAACUGAGUGAGGAGAUCAUACCCUACCUGUACGACGAAGAAAUUCUUGACAUUCAUGUGGAAUGUGUCUGGUCUCAAUGGAUUACGGUCGAGAACGCACAUGGGGCAAGAUGGAUGAUAACAAGCAUUUGCGACGAGCUCUACGAGAGAUUCUCAAAUCUGCCGUACCAAAUGCUGAAAAAGCUAAGGAUAUCGAUCAAUGCAAUUGAACAAGGAAAUCCAAGCUUGAUUCUUUCUCUGAUAAAGAACACUCGAAACUUGGUCCAAAUGCUCGAGCAUCAGGGUGGCCUUCCUAGUCUCGAAAUCCACUUCCUUGACUCGUCGCUCGGAAAAUGGACUCGACCGGAUGGAGAACCAUUGAAAACAGAUCAGACACUGGAUUACGACUAUAUGAAUGUUCUUUUACCCUUUUGCCGAUUAAGGAGCGUCCCUGAAGUUCGUAUACACGUUCCUGAGAACAUGACCAGCCAGGGGUACCUAUUCGAGAACGCUGAAAAUGCCAUGCAAGACACCAUUCGCUUCGGAACCGCGGUGGGGGACAGUUUUUGGAGCGACGAUUCCACUAUUCAAUGGUCACUAGAUAAUAGCUUUAUCAACGUAGAGACGCGGUUGGAUUUUGCUAUUGGGACAAACGCAGAUAUGAUGCGAUUGGAGGUGCUAAUGUGCUGGUAUAAUGAAAAUGGGAGAUCGGAUUAUGUAAAAGAGUGGGAAAGGAUCAGGCUUGAGCCAGAUGGUCCUAUAUCUAUGUUCCCUCAGUCUACUGAUAACUUGGAGGCACGCUAUCGUUGGAUGCUGACGUUAAACCCGCUCUCAGCCCCUAUGCAAAAGAUGCGGCUGCAACUAGGACUCCCAUCGACUUCCAGACUAACGGACUUCCCCCUUGCGAAGCGCUUCAGCAAAUCCGAGUGUGAUUCAUACUUUGAGAAGGUGAAACAGCUUCGAAUGUCCAAUAAGUCUCUUGCUCAGGCUGAGGAUAACGAGUUGUUUCAGGACGAGGCCGCAGUAGCGAGGCUGAGAACUUGCUGGAGUCAAAUCGCAUGGAAAGAAUAUUACCCACAAGGAGUCCCCCCUAUGCAUCGUCGUGGCUGUAAUGCGGUCCAUUCAGACUUGAUAGAGUCUGUAAUGUGUCCACCAGACACAAAAAACUCCCGAGAACCAAAACCGUGCUUGAGAUACAUCAAGAAGAGUUCGAAACAUAUAGAUUUCCAAGCAGGAGAAGCGACGAGAAAAGCACUCGAAAGAUUUGUUAACGGCAACCAACAGGAUUCGUCAGAGACAAAUCAUCUCAAAGGCUUGGGUUCAAAGGUUUGCAAGGUGUGGGAUGAGUUUCAGUUGUAG